UUUGUGUGUAUAAAUAAAACCCCAUAUAAUGGGGAAAAAGUAACUGCAGAGGUUUCCCGUGAGAGGGUCUGGCCGGGUCACAGGGAAGAAAGAAAUUACACACACACACACACAGACACAGAAGAAAGAAGUAGACUGACUUCAUCACUGCACUCUCAUAUCUGCCCGCUUCCAUUUCAUCAUCAUUCAUCAUUCCUGCUUUUCCAAUAAAUUUCGGGAACCUAAUUUCGAUCAUCAUCGAUUUCAGCUCAGAUCCGCGUGGGUGUUCCUUUCAGUGAUUUGUGGAAGGUGUGCUGCAAUGGAGGCUUGCUAUGCAACAGCAGCUCUGAAAUCCAAAGGUUAUUCUUUGGGGAAUGCGAGUAAAGAGCUCUUGAAUGGACGAACAAGCUGCUUUUUGGGUGAGAAGAUUAAAGGCGGUUACAACAACAAUAAUAAGAAUUUGAGGCUUGGAGAAAAGGAGAUGAAGAUGAAAAUGAAAAUGAAGAACAAACCUCCAGCAGGAGUUGCUUACUCUGUUUUCACUAGACAAACGAAGGAAUCUCUGCAGAGAGUUGAAUCUCCGAUGUUGGAGAGGGAGAGGCGACGGGCGGAUCCGAACAACGUGGCGGCGAUCAUACUCGGCGGCGGUGCCGGGGCGCAGCUCUUUCCUCUCACCAGCCGAGCGGCCACGCCUGCGGUUCCGGUGGGUGGAUGCUAUAGGCUGAUAGACAUCCCGAUGAGCAACUGCAUCAACAGUGGGAUCAACAAGAUCUUCGUGCUCACGCAGUUCAAUUCUGCUUCUCUCAAUCGCCACAUCUCCCGCACCUACACCGGCAAUGGCGUCAGCUUCGGUGAUGGCUUUGUUGAGGUUUUGGCUGCAACUCAAACGACAGGGGACACCGGGAAGCGGUGGUUCCAAGGGACAGCCGAUGCUGUCAGGCAGUUCAUCUGGUUGUUUGAGGAUGCCAAGUCGAAAGAUAUCAACAACAUAUUGAUUCUGUCAGGGGAUCAUCUUUAUAGAAUGGAUUACAUGGAUUUCAUCCAGAACCACAUUGAUCGGAAUGCGGAUAUUACCCUUUCAUGCGCGCCAGCAGGCGACAGUCGAGCAUCAGAGUUUGGACUGGUGAAGAUCGAUAGCAGAGGCCGAAUAACUCAAUUCUCGGAGAAGCCAAAGGGCAGCGACAAGAAAGCAAUGCAAGUAGACACGUCGAUUGUCGGAUUGUCUGCACAAGAAGCUUCCGAAUCUCCAUACAUCGCAUCGAUGGGAGUUUACGCUUUCAGAACAGACGUGCUGUUGAAUCUCCUGAAGUGGAGGUACCCGAUGUCGAAUGACUUUGGGUCCGAAAUAAUACCUGCAGCGGUGGAGGAACACAAUGUGCAGGCAUAUGUAUUCCGAGACUACUGGGAAGAUAUUGGAACGAUAAAAUCGUUCUACGAUGCUAAUCUAGCUCUUGUGGAUGAGUUUCCUAAGUUUGAGUUUUACGAUCCGAAGACUCCUUUCUACACGUCUCCGCGCUUCUUGCCACCUACUAAAAUCGACAAUUGCAAGAUUAAAGAUGCGAUAAUCUCGCAUGGGUGCUUCCUAAGGGAAUGCAUGGUCGAGCAUUCGAUUGUUGGCGAGCGCUCUCGGUUAGAUUCUGGUGUUGAGUUGAAGGACACAUUGAUGAUGGGAGCUGAUCACUACCAAACCGAGUCAGAAAUUGCGUCGCUCUUGGCGCAGGGGAAAGUCCCAAUCGGUAUCGGAAGAGAUACAAAAAUCAGCAACUGUAUAAUCGACAAGAACGCGAGAAUCGGCAAAAAUGUGACAAUCAGGAACAAAGAUGGUGUUGAUGAAGCUGAUAGAGCACAGGAAGGAUUCUACAUUCGAUCGGGGAUCACGGUCAUAGCGGAGAAAGCGACGAUAAAUGAUGGAACAGUGAUAUGAAAUCACAACAAGUUUGUGGUGUGAUGACAACUAGCGAACUAACCUUGGCUGCCUCAUACCAUUACAUUACAGUAUGAUGGAAGGAAGAGAUAAUAAUAAUAACAGUAAGUAACUUACUUGUCACCCUAUACUAUGCUAAAUAAAAUGAAUGAAUGCUUGCUUUUAAUCUCUCUAGUAAAGGGACAAGUGGUUAAUAAGAAGCUGUGUUGUGUUGUAUGCGUGAUGGAUGGAUAAAUCAAACUU